AUGGGCGGCGCAAUUGCAGACGCCAUCCAAGAUGCCCCCUUAGGACAGUUCAUCAACUGGGCGUCAAAGGGCCGCUACUUCGCCUUCCCAGAAGACGACCCCGACUUCAAGAUCCCCUGGGAACAAGCCACGGCCUCCCAGAAGGAAAAGGAGAUUGAAAUCGACGCCGUUGUCAGUGGCAGCCACGCCAGCACACCACACGCCAUCUCGCGCGAACCCUCGACCUCGGGCGUCGGCAACCGCGAGGACGUCGAAGCUCGGCCGCCACCACUGAGCACAAUCCCGACCUCGCACUCGUCGGCGGCGCGGGGAGAUUUUGGCGUGGUGACGACCCGCACGCGGACCAGGGAGCAGACGAGGCCGUACUCCCGGGAACGGUUCGACGUGGAACAAGAAGAGACCAUCGAGCGGCAGCGGAGCAGCAUCAUCGCGCCGCAGCGCACGGCGGACGGGGUGGUGCUGGUCGACUGGUACACGACGGACGACCCGGCGAACCCGCAGAACUGGAAGAGCGGGAAGAAAGUGUGGGUCGCGUUCCUCAUCUUCGUGUACACUUUCGCCGUGUACUCAGCGUCAGCCAUCUACACGUCGGCCGAGCCGCAGGUGAUGACCAAGUUUAGCAUAAGCCAAAGCAAGGCGAGUUUGGGACUGAGCAUGUACGUGAUCGGUUACGGGAUCGGGCCCAUGCUCUUCUCCCCGCUGUCCGAAAUCCCCGCCAUCGGCCGCAACAUCCCGUACAUGGUCUCGUUCGGCCUCUUCGUCGUCCUGUGCAUCCCCACGGCCCUCGCAAACAGCUACGCCUCGCUGCUCGUCCUCCGCUUCCUGACGGGGUUCAUGGGCUCGCCCUGCCUGGCCACCGGCGGCGCCAGCAUGGGCGACAUGUACGGCCUGCUGAAACUCCCCUACGCGCUCACCGCCUGGGUGGCCGCCGCGUUCUGCGCGCCCGCCGUGGGCCCCCUCUUGUCGGGCUUUUCGGUGGUGGCCGAGGGCUGGCGCUGGGCGUUGUGGGAAGUAUUGUGGAUGGCCGCGCCGAUCUUUGUGCUCAUGUGCCUCGCCAUGCCCGAGACGAGCGCGAGCAAUAUCCUCUUGCGCCGGGCGCGCCGUCUGCGUGUGGCCACGGGCAACCCGAACCUCAAGUCCCAGGGCGAGCUCGACCAGGGGCAGAUGAGUUUUUCCAGAGUGGCAAUCGACCAGAUGUGGAAGCCCGUCGAGAUCUUCGUGAAAGAUCCCGCCGUGUUUUUCACGCACGUGUACACGAGUUUGAUUUAUGGAAUCUACUACUCCUUCUUCGAGGCCUUCCCGCUCGUCUACGUGGGCAUCUACGACUUCAACAUCGGCGAAUUGGGCAUCGUCUUCGUGUGCAUCGUCGUCGGCUGCGCACUGGGCAUCGUCAUCUACGUCAGCUACGUCUACUGGUACCUCGAGCCCGACAUCAAGCGCAACGGCCUGCGCGCACAGGAACAUCGCCUCGUGCCCGCCUUGUUCGCCACCACGCUGUUACCGGCGGGAAUGUUCUGGUUCGGCUGGACCGCAACUCCCCAAAUCCACUGGAUCGUUUCGAUCGUGGGCAUCACGCUGUACGCUGUGGGCGCGUUCGUGCUCUUUCAGUGCAUAUUUAUGUACUUGCCCCUGACCUAUCCCCAGUACGCGGCCAGUCUGUUCGCGGCGAAUGAUCUGUGCCGGUCCGCGUUGGCGGCAGGGAGUAUCAUCUAUGCGCACCCUUUGUAUGUCAAUUUGGGCAUUGGGCGCGGGAUUUCCCUGCUGGGGGGCCUUCUGUGCGGUGGCGUGUUGGGGAUCUGGGCGCUGUGGUGGUUUGGCGCCGGGUUGAGGGCGAGGUCCAAGUUUGCCCUGAGUUGA